AUGGCCCUUUUGGAUAUGACCAAGGGAGAGCUGCACCUUGGCUUGGCGGGGUGCGCUGACCCGGACUCGUCUUCGGCGUCUAGAGCUGAGUCGGCACAGACAGAGGCGGACGGGGAGGACGCUGUCGAGGAGGCGUACUCUGCCGAGACAAGCGAGCUCCCACUGGGCUGGAGCCUGGGGGGGACGCUCGAUACCGGGAGAGAAUCUGCGGCUGGGUCGUCGUCGGGUUCGCAGGAGAGCAGGCGGCCAGAGUCGGAAGAGGGCGAAUCAGAAGAGUUUCGGUCCUCUUGCGUCGAGGGCUGGGACGAAAUCUUUCUCUUCUUUGAGGAAGCCGUCUUGAAGGUGAGCUGCGGCGGGCAGCUCAAGGCGAUAUGGGAGACGGGCGUCGACAAGGAAGAAAAUCGUCUUGGUAGGUCUGCAGACCAGAAUAAAGCUAUUGUUGCAUCAGUCCAGUCGGAAUCUGGCGUUCCGGAGACUCAGAUUGGAGGAUCUGAAGAGUCGAACCAAGCGGAAACAGAAGACUGGGCAAUGGGGAUCCAGGCAAGAAAUGUGCUAGACUGCAAAAUAUGGCUGAGCAGGGCUGUGGAGGUGGGCGCUGGUCUUUGUUGCAAAGGGCGGCAAGAUGUUUGGCAAGGUACACUGUGGGUCUUGCACCUGCGGCUAUCUACCUCCAAGGUACAAGCCAUGUCAGAGUCUGGGUGGGAGACGGUGAGCGAGGAGUCGGGUACUACCUACCGCUGCUGCUGUUAG